UCCACUUCAUCAACGGUUCACAUCUCUCUUCUUUCCUCUAUAAUAAUUACUCUCCGAAUUUCUCUCUCGUCCUCGCUCGAAGAAAAUGGCGAUUUCUGCAAAGGCCGCUGCUCUCUACUCCUUGAACACCAAACACCGUUCAGCCGCCGCGCCGUUGACUUCUUCUUCAACGUCGAAGCUCUCUCGCUUUUCGUCCUUGCAACUCCCUAGACAACUUCGCCGCGUGCGGAUUGGAUUUCACGGCUCCGAUCAUAAGUCUCGUCCCCGAACUCUUCCUCUGGUUCAAGCAAAGAAGGAGACAUUUUCUUCCUUUGAUGAUAUUCUGGAAAAUUCUGACAAACCAGUUUUGGUUGACUUCUAUGCAACUUGGUGUGGUCCUUGCCAGUUCAUGGUUCCUAUCCUCAACGAUGUAGGUAAUGCAAUGAAAGAUAAAAUUCAAGUGGUGAAAAUUGAUACUGAAAAGUAUCCUAGCAUUGCGGACAGGUACAAAAUACAGGCACUGCCAACAUUCAUUCUGUUCAAGGAUGGGAAACCAUGCGAUCGCUUUGAGGGUGCACUAUCAGCUGACAAUUUAAUCAAACGUAUUGAGGAUGCACUCAAGCUUGUACAGUAGCUGUACUGAAUCUCUCCUCUCAUCUGUGCAAAUAUUGUGUUUCCUUGCUUCCAAGUUUGGGCAGAAAUGCACAAGACCUAUUUGAUAGGCCAUUCAAGCUUGGUUUUAAUUGAAUUUGGUCCUAGCUUUUUGUCAAAUUCCUGUUACUUGGGGAAAAGUGAUCACGGUUGGUUGUAUUUUUUGAUGUGAUAGUCAUUCAAGCUAAUUUAAUUUUUACCGAAUUAAUCAUUGCUCUUAGGUUUAUUUUUGCCACUGUAAUUUGGAUUGUUACAUUUUACAGUGAUAAGCUUCACUAUUCUUCCCCCAAGCUUGGGUGUCUUCAA